CCGUUGUUUAUACCUUCUCUCUGCCUAAACAUAUAGCUGUUAUACCCCACCAUGGAUGGUUCUGUUGACGAUGAAUUUAAAUCCUUAUUCCUUCCCGACUUGGAGAUUGGCACCGCUGCCUUUGAUACAGACAUGCUCUUCGGCACGUUUAUGGGGACCGGAGGUGAGCUCAAAGUCGAAGACGAUAUCUGGGGCGGGCCCGCAUCCUACGUUACUAUUCCCUCUCUCACAUAUCCAGGAUACCCUCAGGGUAACCAGCCUCCAAUAACAUCGCACUACCACAGCCUCAUCCCGGAGGAGGCGAUCUUUAGCACCGGAGCAUACGAUCCCCGCACAGUAGAGCCGGUUUCAGGGGAAAACACUGCCAAAACUACGGCUAGCGAGACAGAGACCCAGGAGAAUGAUCCGGUCCUAGAAAAGUCUCCGGAUGAGGCGGUGUACAGCGGAAAGACUGCACUCUUAGAGCUUUUUCCCACCCUGUUAGCACUUGCUGACCUUACCGACUCUUCUAACAAAGACGUACAGAUGAGCUUCAGUGGCUACCUCAACGGCCGUUUCUUAACCAAUGCCACUUCUUCCAGUGAUACCAUCUCCUGCUACCGCCGCAACUACAUCCAGUCGAACCUUGCGUUGCGGCUUUCGGGUGAGGGUAUCCAAUAUCCGCUCAAGGUGAACAGCAUGGAGGUUUUACGGCUCAAAAUUUCUGUCUUUGCCCGGUCGAACAUCUCCAAAGAUCGAAUCGAGGUGUUGGUGUUUGAAGAUACUGUUCCGCGAAAACGCAAGCUCCCCGAAACCCCCAGUGUCAACCCACAAGGGGACAAUGAAGUCAGCAUCACCGCUACAGACUUUGAGUUCCCCACCCCGAACUCCCAGGCCAUGGCGACCUUUGUCUUUAAGAAGCUCCAGUUCCGCAACGCCACGCCCAACAACGGAAAUCUGUCCUUUCAGAACUUUUACCGGCUCCAUUUUUCACUCUCCGCCGUAACAGCAGCCGGAGACGUGAUUCUCCACGACUUAAAGUCCAGUCCCAUUCUCGUACGUGGCCGCAAUCCAUCCUUCUAUUCCCUGAGGCAGGAAUGUUUGAUUAUCAAUAAAACUGCUCAUUCAGUCGAGGCUCGGGAGUCCAAAAGCGGCUCUCCCGAUGACUUGACCAAGAAGCGGAGCUCCUCCAUGCUUUCCAUCAUGAAUCUUAUCGACGACAGAGGUCAGAUAGCUUCCCCCGAUCCUCAGCCCACGCCCACACCCCAAAGCACUGCGUCGCCGUCAAAAGGAUCCGGCUCGUACCUGUACAUCUCCAUCUCCGGGGCGUACCACUUGCCGCCGCUCAACGUGGUCUAUUUCCCUCACAUUGCCCACCAUCCGCGACAGAGCGAUUCCGUCACGCGCAGAAGGCGAAGUGAGGCGACAAAAGGGACGGAGCGAAAGCGCGAGAAUCCAAAUUACUAUUUCAAGUAGCCAGGGAUAUAUCAAGGGAGGGUUCAUGAUGUACUAGUAAAUCUAGAUCCGGCUAUAAAGUCAAAGGUUUUCUCAUCAAUAUAGUAGGAUCGGUAUAUUUCACGAGAGGUAUCCUGGUUGAAUUGUAAGCCAUUGCAGACAUGGGAGGAGGGUUGAUUCUAAGCGCCUUUUUGUAUAAUUUUUCUUUUCUGGAAUUCGACAUCAUAGUCUGUUGAAAAUCUAAAAACGACAAUGAC